CUCGGCCCGGAGCCUGAGGAAAGGCUGAUAGGACAGAUCUGGAGCUGACCUGGGACUGGAAAAGCAGCUUCGCUGGGCUGCAGAUUCUGGAGCCGACUUCGUUUGGGUCCUUUGGGGGAACUGACGGGACGACUCGGGCUUGCUCUGUCCAGGCCGGGGUCCCGCGGAGAAGAUAGGGGAAGGGCCAAGUCCCGAGAUCCAGAUCACAGACUGGGACUGCCCGGAGCACUCCCAGGCUGAGCGGGGCUCUCCCCGCAGCCAGGGCUGAAUCUCCACCCCUCUCUCUGCAGGGUCCUCCAUAUCUCGCUUCCCCGCUCCUCAUCCUCUGUCCCUUCCCCCAUGACGGACCCCCUGAUGCUCCCCAUGGGCCAUGGAGUUCCGGGGCUGCAGCCUCACCGCCUGGGGGUGGGUUCUCUGACCCCCAGUCCCCACGUAUUCCGGACCCUGCCCCCUGCUUCCGACGGCUUCCCGCACCCCUAUGCUGGGCCCGGCCUGGAGAACGGCGACCUGCGCCCCCGGCCCAACUCAGCUGUCCAGCUGGGACCCCCGCCGCCAGAGUCCGGGACCCUGCUGUACCCGGGGCAGCCUGGGCCCUUUCCCGGACCCCCACGGCCACCACAGCUCGCGACCAGCCUCCAUAGACAGAAGCUUCACCCUUUCUACCAGGGCCACCCUGUGGGGUGUGCUCUGGGCCCAGGCACCCCGCAGUGCUGGCCGGGCCCUCUGGGCCCACACCUGGCGCCCCCGGCCCUGACCUUGAGCUGUGUGGACGCGGAGCUCAUAGACGAGGAGACGCUGACUUCUUUGGAGCAGGAGCUGGAGCUGGACCGGGUGCAGGAGUUGCCCGAGCUCUUCCUGGGACAGAACGAGUUCGACUGCCUCUGGGACUUUGGGGGCAAACAGCAGGCCGGGGCCGUGAGCUGCUGAGGGCCCCAGGGCACUGACCUUUUCCAGGAUUUCCCUUGCCCUCUCACCCUGGCCAGGCUAGCAGACAAUCAUGCCUACUCUAGUUCCCCUCUUUAUAGGUUAGGAGCCUUGUCCCUUGAUCCCUUUUGGCUCCUUCUGGAGUAGAGACUUGGAGAAAGGGGGUCAUGCUUGAGGAGGAGCCCCCACCAGCAUAAAUUGUCUGUUCCCCUGGGGUUUAAAAUGUCUGGAUUGGGGUUUAGGAGGAGACUCUGUGGCACUGCAGAAUGCUUGUUGGGCGCCCUAACCUAUGUAUUGUACAGAUGGUCAAGGGCAUAAUCAGGAUUUGAACUCAAGGUCUUCUGACUUUAAGCUCUUUCCCACUAUGCCAGAUUUAACUGUGGAGGUUUUUAGCUGGGGGCGGGAGGGGAAUUACAGAUGUCUGCCUUUAUAUCUUCUCCUCCUGAGCCAUUGUAGGCCAAGGGUCUAUACCAGACUUUCCUUUUCUCUCUCCCAUCUGGCUGAAAGUAGUACUACUGGCACUUGGCAAAGGACUCCCUGUACUUGCCUCAGGGGCACAGGCAAGGUGUGCCUGGGUCAUUGCCACUUUUUCUGCAAGCCACUGUCCCUGCGUUGGGGCUAUUUGGGGAGGGGAAUUCCCCAGCUUGUGGGGGACUGUCUGGCUUAAGGUCAUGCCCUCUCUUUGCCUUGAAAGCCAAAAUAAAUCUGUUUCUCUUUGGG